GAAGAAAAUUUUUCUGUAUUUGAAGCAGCAACAGAUCAAGACAUAGAACGGUUGUGGGAAUUAGUACUUGAAGUAGAUGAUUUAUUGAUACCCAAAGAUACAUCUAAGAAACACAUUGAAAAUAAGGUCAUCAAUGUUUCUACAUCACCAACUACUAUAACUAUUGAUGGUCUUGGUAUUAAUGAAAUGGGUUUUAGUUCUCGAGUACAAUAUGCAAAAAAUAUUUGCGCCUUGGUCAAAUAUAUUGAAUGUAACCAUUUACGAGUUCUCUAUUCACAAUAUCAUUUAAACCCAGAGAAGGAAAAUUUUCUUAAAAAUUUUUUGGAAACAAUUGAUUAUACAUGUGGCACAACAUUUUAUGAAAUUUCAGAUCUCACAAAAGCUAGUUUAUUCUUAUUUAGAAAUGAUAAUAACUGCAAUAUAAAUAAUGAUAAAGUUGAGCUUCAAGAUGUAGAUAAUGAUAUAAAUAGUGAUGUUAACUACGAUGACGAUAAUAUGGAAGAUGGUGAAAAGUCUGUUGAUGCAAAGUUUGCUGAUGAAAGUUCUGUUGAUGAAUCAUUUACAGAACUACAAAAUACAAAGAAUGGUUUAUCUUUAGAGACAUUGUUCAAACGGGUAUUUGUUAAUGCCAAGCUUACCUGUGUGAUACUAAUGGAAAUUCUAUACUUUUCUUCUCAUCUUUAUCUAGACGUUUGCUUCCAGUAUGGUGAUACAGAAAUCUUUUCUCCAACUUCUGCUGGUGAACAACCAUAUUGCUCUGAAUACUAUACUACAAUCAAAACUAAAAAAAAAAAGGCAAAGGUAUUAAGUUUAAGGCUAAGAAAAAAAGCAGUUAAAAAAAGGGUUAUGGUAUGA